GAAAACUGAAAUUUAAUGGCCGCCAGCAUCGCCUCAACAACAAAGGAAGGAAAGGCGAAAUUUUAAGCUUUUAAUAUGACUAAAAAUACAGCAAGUUCCGAUUUAAGGUCUGAACUUUCUGAUCUCGUCAAACGCAGGAUUGAAGUUGCAGAAACACUUGCUAACCUGGAACGUCAAAUUUACGCAUUCGAAGGGAGUUACCUAGAAGACACGCAGCUAUACGGAAAUAUUAUUCGAGGAUGGGAUCGCUAUUUAAAUAGCACCAGUAAACUAUCAAACCCUUCCUCUGACAAACGAAACAGAAAAUUCAAAGAUGCUGAAAGACUUUUUUCAAAGUCUUCUAUUACUUCUAUGGCGGCUGUGAGCGGUAUCAUUGAUCUGAAUUCUGAGAGAGCAGAACGAAGCAGUGAAACUGAGUCACAAGCAGGGAUGAGUGGAAGUGACGAGAACAGCAGGGAUUUUCUCAGUUUAGAAGGUGUUAACGGUGAUAAAUUAGGCAAAGUUUCAAAAUCUAGGCAUAUAAAUAAAAGAGGGAGCAAAAAGUCAAAACUGAAAUAAUUACAAACUCAUUUUCCAUCUCCCCAUCUUCUGCUAUACAUGAUUCUGUGAAUGCUCUUUAUGAUUGUACUACUAAGUGUUGAAUGUGCUGUCCUUUGUCAAUUUUUUUCGGUUUUCUUAAUAAAUGCUCGAAUAAAAAAGCGCAAUUCUCGUAUA